GAGCUCCCCCAGAGUCCGGGCCCAGACUGAGCCGGAGCGGCGGGGUGACGCCGCCAGGCUCGGCGCCUCACCACGGUGGCUCCACUCACGAGCCGCGUGCUCCGGUCACUGUUAUUGUCGAGGCUGUCGCGCAUCUGGGCAGGUGAAGCUUCUUGAAGCACCGAGGCGUUGAGAGGACUCGGUUCGACUCAUGAGUCGACUCCUCUGGCACCACCAAGUGGACGUGAAACAGAAGCGUCGCGAGCGAGCGUGAGCGUAGUGGCUUUGUCAUCCACAGCCUGAGACAUGGAUGGGGCUCAGUGCUACAAAGGACAGAAUCUCUCCUUUCACAUGGGACAGAUGAGGCGGGCUACACACCCGUUUCUUUGCUCAUAUGUACCAGUACAGUUUUCCAAUAGCACAUAUGAGCCCAGCUUGGUACCUGUCUGGUAGGAAGGACAACAAGCUGCUUCUUGCCUCGAGAGUCUUGGAUGACCGUGUCAAGCCCAAGCAUCGUCCGCACCACUCCUGUCAUCUGACGACACAAAAGUGCACGGAUUAGGACACGAAUCCUGGGAUUUGAACCGCACGGCUAACUAGCUGUGGUGUGGGAAAAACAAAUCACUCUUUGUCACAAAUGCCUCAAACCGGACUCGAAACCUCAACCUCCGCCCCUCGACGCAGUGGCAUUGACCAAGUCGGCCUGUUACUCGCACUAACUCUGAAGCAGUUCCUGGGAUUGUUGCUCAGGACCGGUCUCCUUCCUGUCACGCAGCGCCCUGUGGCGCCUCAGCAGAGAUCAAGCGUCGCGUCGUCGUCGUCGUCGUCGUGCCCGAGCUCUUUCGAACACAACCUGCACUUCACCUUCUAAAGAAAACAUCAGCUUCAGUGUUGCAUUUCAUCUGUAAUCCAUCCUACUUUCCUUGUUGUCAGAGAUGAGAUGCACCUGUUCCCAAGCCAGGAAAACCUUCUCUUUCUACGUGGUUCCAUGACAACAGUCAUCGAUCAUCGGCACACAGCUGCUCACAAAAGUGAGAAGACGGCGAACCUCCGUUGCGUUCCCUGCCUCUUAAAUCUGGAAUUGAACUGCUCCAUCCACUUCCUGAAGCGCUCACGUGCUGCGGCCAGUUGGAGGCUUCCGUCUUCAGCUGCGUCAUCAGAGAGGUCAUUUGAGCGUUUCUCGGUGCGCUCUUCAUGUGCUCGCUGCCACAUGACGCGGUACACACACCGCCAAGGUGGCGCUCCAUACCCGUGUGACUGAGCACCAGCCCCCCCGCUGACCCACAAUGGAAGGACGUCGCAGGAAAGGAGCUCAACCCAGAGCGUCUGGACGUGCGAGAGCUGCGCUGCAGUCCUCACCAGAGCACGUGGGCGAGCGCCUCGGCCCGGCCACUCGGUGCUCCUCAAAGAGAAGGCGAGAACAGACGACCUCGCCGGACCAUCCGCUGACCCCGCCACACUCUCCUGUCUCUGAAGGGGAGCAGGGCUCCACUGAGAAGAGCGGUCAGGCCAGACGCUCCGCCUCAGCAAAGGUUCCUGGUGUGCGGGUUAGGGGGCCCGUCACUUCCUCUCCCGUCCGUCCCGCCAGGAUCCCCAGACCGGUGAGACAACAGGAACAGAGAAGUGUUCAGAGGCGGAAAACCACUGCGCCACCUGCUGCUCGAGUUCGACCCAGAUUUGCACUGAAGGCAGACGAGUCGACGACUUCCUCAGAUCUGUCCACGGAGCUCAGCUCCUACGAAGAGCCACCUCUGCCAGCAAUGACCUUUGAGGAGGAUGAAGAGUGCGACGAUGACGACCAGCUGCCCAGCAUCCUGGAUGCCAAGCAAAAGCCUGUGCCGGUCACCCAGGGCAGCUUCGUCUGGUACCGGCUCCGGACCUUUCCCUCCUGGCCGGCGCUGGUGAAGCACGUGAAUCGCAAGAGAAAGACGGCAAGCAUCAUGUUCGUUGAUAAACCGCAGAUCCACAACACCAGAGGGUUCUGCGUCCCUCUGAAGCGUCUGAAACCCUUGGAUUGUGAGGAUGCGGCUGAGCUGGUGGUCAAAGCCAAAGAGGACUACAAAGACCUGAUUGAAUGGGCCCUGGACCUGAUCGAGGACUACAGGAUCCGCAUCGCUUGUGGCUCCUUCUCGGACUCCUUUGUGGACUACGUGGCUCACAACAUGAGCCUCCCGGUGAGGAGGAAGUUCCCUCGGGCAGAAGGAUUCGUCUUUCCUCCUCAGGAGACUUGGGCGGACCAGGAUCUUGAGGACUCUAAGGACAGCUUGGACCUGGAGAAGGACCAGCAGAGGUCCUCGAGGCGGCUGCUGCCGGACCGGACCCUGGCUGCCCACAACCGAGCCACUGAGAAACUGGUGCACUACAUUGUGCAGAAGCGGAUGGUGGAAGCACGACUUCUGGCUGUGAUCCAGGGGCGGGAACCAUCCCGGUGGUUGAGGUCCUUCCAGAGCUCCAGAAGGCAGCGGAGGAUCAUCGACAUCUACCUGGAGGACGAGGCGCAGCUGGACCAAGUCUACCGCUACCUGGACCAGCUCUACAGGACGUCCGUGGCGGGCGCUUGCGGCGACGCGGCGGUGAAGUCGGCGGAGAAGGUCCCCUUCAUCAUGGACGUGCUGCUGCCUGAGGCGAUCAUCCACGCCAUCGCCGGGGUGGACCGUGUCUCCGUGGAGAAGGCCGAGAAGCAGUACCUGAACGGACGAAGCAUGAGCAACCGAGGGCGUGAGGAGCUGCACAUGAUGAUUGAAGAGCAGAGUCAAGGGAGGGAGGCCGCAGGGCUGUGGGACUCUCAUUAGUUGCCUUUUUU